AGGGGUGGUGGUGGUGGUGAAGGGGGUAGUUGCAGUUCGUCUUCAGCUGUGUUUACCGCGCGGCGGCGAAGGGAGAAGACAAGGAACCAAGGAACCGACAGACCUCACACCAUCAACCUACAGUUCAAAUAUCUGCUUUCGUCAAGCUUCUUUAUGGCAGCAGUAUGCUACUGUGAUUUGCGGCGGAAAAUUCGUCGGACAACGGCCCGCAAUAGUAAACCAAGAGGCAUUUGCACAUAGAGGAAACGUAAGGAAUUGCAUCGUGGGCCCUAAGAAAAUGCUUCAUUUUUGGACGUUUGUUUUCUUCAUCUUCUCCCUCCUAUGUGAUGGGUUCUUUGCGCAAGACGAAAAUCGCGUGGUGUUCUCCUUUGGAACCUUCCAGAAUGUGAGUGUCCCUGAGAAUGGGUCCGUGCAAGCGGUGGUCACCAGGAUCCCCACUGACGUCUCCUUCAUCACGCUGCAGUUUCACACGCAGCACCACAACGCCACGCUGUCCUACACCAGGGUUCCUUUGCCAGGAUUCUCCCUCACUGCUGCUGAUACUGGCCUGCUGUCCACGCUCACGCCCACUCAGUCCUCGCUGUCCUGGUUCCUGCUCGCGCCUGACGGGGACACGGUGGCUGGGACCGGCGUCAUUCUCCCCUACAGGAGCGGAGAUCCUGUGCCUGGAGCCUGUAACAUGGAGUUUGCCCUGGACAUCGACCCAAACGUCUAUGUGCGCUACAACCUCUUUGAGACCAUUAUCACUUUCGCUCCAGCAAAUGUUGGAUAUAAUCGAGGGUCCAGUCCACCUGAGUGUGACGUCUCCACGGGACCAGGGACACGCUGGCGCCUGGUGUACGACAUCUACCAGUACUUCCUUCCAGAGAGUGACCUCUCAGAGCAGAGCCUCAUUGUGAGCCUGGAGCGCGUGGCCAAUGUCCUGAGCCUCAGGGAGCAUGGGAAGAAGGUUGCUUCUCUUACCUCCAACGACAAAAGCACCAUGUCCUUCUCCUCUAUCCCGGGCCAAGGGGUCAUCUACUCUGUUAUCGUGAGGGACCCAGUCCUCAACACCUCAGCCUCCUACAUUCCAGCACACACAUACGCCUGCAGCUUUGCCUCCAAACUAGACGACUGCAAAACUUUAGGGAAAAUAUCGACCAAAGUGUUUUUCACCUUUGCGGGCCUGGCAGGGCUUUUAGUGUGCUUCUUUGGCCACCGCUUCUUCAAGUGUGAGCUGUUCUGCAUGGGCUUCGCCUUUUCUGCCUUUUUCUUUUUUGUUCUCAUCACUCGGACAACUAUACUGGAUUAUGACAUUCGCCUGGCUCUGACUGCCUUGAUUGGCACAGUUGGCGGUGUGUUCCUGGUGAUGUGCUGGUGGCGCUUUGGCUCAGUGAUGGCCUGUGUCGUGGUGGUCGGACUCCUUCUGGGCUUCCUGCUGGCGUCAGUCGUUUUCUUCACUCCACUGGGUGACCUGGACGUGUUCCGCUCCGAUGUGGUCUUCUGGGUGACGUUUUGCUGCAUCGUGGUCAUUGUGCCCAUCCUCUUUGUGCGCUGGCCAAGAGAGGGUAAUAUAAUCACAUGUGGGGUGGCGGGUGCCUAUGCAGUGGUGCUGGCCGUAAACGCCUACACGUACACCAGCCUGUCAUACAUCACCCUGGACAUCCUGAAGCGUUUCCUUAAUAGCAACUUCAGCCGAGCCUUCAUCUCUGUGCCCUUCCAAGACAUUGACUUCAUCCUGCUCACAGUCUGGGUGGUGCUGGGCGUGUCCGGCAUCGCCCUGCAGCUGUACCGGGAGCGUAGCCGUCCCUUCUUCCCGCCCAGCCCUUACCUGAUGUGGCGCCAGGAGCGGGAGCGCCGCAAGACCAACGUCCUGGACCCCAGCCACCACACGCCGUCCUUCCCCGCACGCUUCGUGUCCCGCGUCCGACAGCUCACCUGCCGCCCCGAGCCAGCCGGAGAGCGCACCCCGCUCCUGCUGUGACCACUUCCUGGGAAAACGUCUGCGUUGUAGCAGCCUGUCCGGUCAUCACCCCCACACCCCCCCUCACGUCUCUCCUCCACUAGUCACAGGGCCCUGCUGAUGCUGCCCCUGUUUCAGUCUGCAGAGGUCUAAACCAGUCCCUCGCGUCUGUGAAAUACGGGCCAAGUUCAAGAUGGUGCUGAUAGUCCGUCUCUUUCUGUGCAGAGAAAGGGAUGCAGAUGAAGACCCAUGUUUGUACCGCAGAAUCUGCUCCAGACAAACUUGUACCAGCCCAGUGUGUUCCUGUGCAACAGGCCACAGACAAGACUCAGAGAGGGGGAAAAAACCCUCAACAACAGCAGGUCGGAAGGAAGUCGCAGGCCAUUCCUGUGCGCACUGUGACUUUCGUUUUGACAGUGCGUUGUGUGCUGUGCCGCAUUGGGUUGACACAGCCAAGGUCUGUCCUCCGAGUGGUGCCAAGUUUCUCUGCGUCUCAGCUUGGGUUUCUGGUGCUCUGCAUACUCUCUUUUGUACAGGCCCCCGGGGUCAUCUUGCAGUCAGCCAUCAAAUCUGCCCAGGCAGCAGAGUUUGAUCUGAGGGCAGCCCUGACAAAAAGCCUGUGCGUGUGUUCUGUUACAGCGCCAUCUAGUGGACACUGCCGUGUCCACUAGAUGGCACUAGUGAUUGCAACAUGAAGCCACUAGUCCGCGAUGACUCCUGUUAUUGGGAAUAGAAGGAGGCAUUUUGACACUGUCAAUCUUAAAAUCGGACUAACUAUCCAGCUGGUAAUUGAUAGCCUCUGUUGAUUAACAUGUACCCACAGAGUUUUAAAAAGCGCUGUGCAUACCUGGGGCCCCUUUCUGCCAAAGACGACGGUAGGCUUUGAAUUUACAGUACCUUACGUUUUUUAACUACAUGUGGGCAGAGUGAAAUGAAAAUAUGUCUUGUUAAACAAAACUCCAUAGCCACAUCACACAGGAUGUGUAUAUACCGGUAUAUAUGGCAGGAGCCAGAGUGAGUUUAAGAGAAUGUAAGGUGAUUAGGUAGUAAAGGCAUCAUCAAUACAAAAACUAGCCAUCAGUAUGUGCAUGCGUUAGUGUAUGUAACAUGCAUCAUGAUGCAACAAUAGUGAUCAGUGUAGCAUAAGCAAAACUUAAAAAGGGUUUCACUUUCAAACAGAUGAUCACUUGAAAUCAGACAAAGCCUAGUCUGUUGAACUGAGGUUGUUUUUAUGAAAGGUCAGUAUGUUUCUAGUUCUCACCACUACUACGCUUUAUUUUGUUUCAUGAUGUGAGGCUUUGAAGGGUCAAGGUUUCCCCCUGUGUGGCACUGUUCAAUUCCAAUUCACCUUGUCCACUGUGACAACACAAGCUCUAAUGUGUCAAGCACUGACAUUUGACCGAUAUUUUUAAAACGUCUGGUGUGGUGACUUUUAAUGUUCUGUAGAUCCACUUUUUUUUAAAACAUCAUGGUUUUACAAUGCCUUGUGUGCACUGUCAAGUGCUGUUAUUUUGAUGAUAGUCAUGAAUUCUUAUCUCUAACAGUAUUUUCAAACCAGUAGAGCAAAUCCACAAUGUUAACAUUUUAAGGUUUUCAGUAACAGUCCUCUUGAGGAAGUGUGGUGCACACGACUUGUAAUGUAAUCAAAACCUCCGAUUUCAGUCUAUAGAUUGUCAUCAAGAUUGUUUGUUCUGUGACGAGGGAGAUAUUGUAUUCCUACAAUACUGAAAUCAAGCCUGCAAGGUUUUUGUUGCUGGGACUUGAUCUAAACUUCUUUAGCACUAAUGUUUGUAAAUGUGCUACUCAGGGACGUGGCUCUCUCUCCUCUUUAAAGCCUUUAAACAGAAAUGUGUUGUCUGCCACAGCUGGACUUUGUUUUCCAAAUAGGAUGUGCCACUAUGUGUGUGUUUGCCACAAAUUCAGGCGUGAAGCCCCCCUAGUUAUCUGCACCUGUCCAAAAAGGGAGAUGUAGUCCUGAGACACAGUAGACUGCACCUCACUUACAUAGGAGAAUCCAGUGUCCAAGUAUAUGUUGUAUCACGUAUGCCUGUGUGAUGCAGGAAUCGUGCUACAAUGGUGCAUUUAGUAAAUGUUGCACUUUUUAGGACUUUCAUGACCAAAAAAUGGUGAAAGGUAGCAACUCCCCCCUACUCCUUCCCACUUUCUGAAAGGGGCUCUUAAGCUCUAAAGUGCCUUUAAUCCCUCUCUGUGUUUCUUCAGUUAGUGUUAACUAUUCAGUUGUGCCCCUUAACUUGAUAACUUGACACUCAAAUCGUUUCUUUGCACCUAAAUGGAUUCGGAUAUAGUCUUUAAAGGUCUUUCCCGUACGUCAAGCAGUUCUCCGAGUCCCAUUCAAAACAGUAAUUUUUAAUUAAGUGUUUUACUACUUUGUAUGUGUGUAAUUUAGCCAUUGUAUGGUGUUUUUCAAUAAAGGUGUAACUGUUUUCUGUA